UGACGCGUUUGACGACAGUUGACAUAGCGAUACCUCGGCUGCAUCUGUGUCAGUGCAACACAGCAGGCAGCAUCUCCCGUGUCAUCGCAGUGAACCAGUGAACGCACCACUGAAGCAAAGGUACGACUAUAUUCCAGGGUGAACUGCAAUGGGGAAGGAGAAGCUCCAUAUAAACAUUGUGGUAAUAGGACAUGUUGACUCAGGCAAGUCCACCACCACCGGCCACCUCAUCUACAAGUGUGGGGGCAUUGAUAAGCGAACAAUCGAGAAGUUUGAGAAGGAAGCUGCUGAGAUGGGAAAGGGUUCCUUCAAAUACGCCUGGGUUCUGGACAAGCUGAAGGCAGAGCGUGAGCGUGGCAUCACCAUCGACAUCUCUCUUUGGAAGUUUGAAACCAGCAAGUACUAUGUCACCAUCAUUGACGCUCCAGGACAUAGGGACUUCAUCAAGAACAUGAUCACUGGAACAUCUCAGGCCGACUGUGCUGUGCUGAUUGUGGCUGCAGGUGUUGGUGAGUUUGAAGCCGGCAUCUCAAAGAACGGUCAAACUCGUGAACACGCCCUCCUUGCCUACACCCUAGGAGUGAAGCAGCUCAUUGUGGGCAUCAAUAAGAUGGAUUCCACUGAGCCCAACUACAGCCAGAAACGCUACGAGGAGAUUGUGAAGGAAGUCAGUACUUACAUCAAGAAAAUUGGUUACAAUCCUGACACUGUGGCCUUUGUGCCCAUCUCUGGCUGGAACGGAGACAACAUGCUGGAACCCAGCCCUAAUAUGACCUGGUUCAAGGGCUGGAAGAUUAACCGUAAAGAUGGAAAUGCCUCAGGCACCACACUGCUGGAGGCUUUGGAUGCCAUCCAGCCUCCCACACGCCCCACUGACAAGCCCCUCCGUCUGCCUCUGCAAGAUGUCUACAAGAUUGGAGGCAUUGGGACUGUACCAGUGGGUAGAGUUGAGACAGGAAUCCUAAAACCUGGCAUGGUGGUGACCUUUGCUCCUGUCAACGUCACCACUGAGGUCAAGUCUGUGGAGAUGCACCAUGAGGCCCUGAACGAAGCGCUGCCUGGUGAUAACGUGGGCUUUAACGUCAAGAAUGUGUCUGUCAAAGAUAUUCGCCGUGGAAACGUAGCUGGAGACAGCAGGAAUGACCCACCACAGGAGGCAGCUGGCUUCACUUCUCAGGUGAUUAUCCUGAACCACCCUGGUCAGAUCAGUGCUGGCUAUGCUCCUGUGCUGGACUGCCACACUGCACACAUUGCAUGCAAGUUUGCAGAGCUCAAGGAAAAAAUUGACCGUCGCUCUGGUAAGAAGCUUGAAGACAACCCCAAGACCCUGAAGUCUGGUGAUGCUGCCAUUGUGGACAUGAUCCCCGGCAAGCCCAUGUGUGUGGAGAGCUUCUCUGAGUACCCACCACUGGGGAGGUUUGCUGUCCGUGACAUGCGUCAGACUGUAGCUGUGGGAGUGAUUAAGGGCGUGGAAAAGAAAGCCCCCACCAGCGGUAAGAUCACUAAGUCCGCACAGAAGGCGCAGAAGGUGAAAUGAACGUUGUGCUGGGCUGCUGCCCCAAACGCUCACCAUGGCUGGCGACACACUAACACCUUGCACCUUCUGCACACCAUAGUCAGCAUCUGGUCUAUUAUCACAAUGCAUCGCAAAAGCAGGAGAAGGAAAAAAAUAACUACCAUACUGUUAGUAAUAAACACAUUACCACACUGUUGUAUGCAGAACAACACAAUACAUUUGCAUUACAGCUCUCUGGUUGUGUGCUGUUGUAAUUAGAAUUCUGCUGCUUGUUGAUCUUAGCUGCUUAGCACCAAUAAUAAGGCCGAGUUGUUCUUUUGCUGUUAAAGUAGUGCUCUGUGUUCUAGCUUUAAAAAAUAUAUAUGCAACUAGCCAGAAAUAGAUUGGUUUGCAUGUUUGCUAUUUGCACCUUAGAGAAAGAAGCUUCAGAAACUCUGUCUGAUACAUGCAAUCUUCAUGCCUUGUACUUUGCUUGACUUAAGCUCCCACGCAGUAGCUCUGUUAAAUGUUAGAGUUACUGUUUAAUUCAUGCACUUUAAUCACUGUAAUUCAUGAGCACAUGAUCAUAAAAGUAAAGAUGUUUAAAGUGAACAUUUAUGUCCCUGGUGUCACUGAACCCAAACCACUGACGAUCCUCACUGUUUUUAGUGAAUGAUGGUGACAGAGCAAAAAUCAAACUCUUCAUAGAAUUUCCUUUAUUGAUGAAUGAGAGUAAAAGUUCACUUGCAUUUUCAUUACAUUACAGGCUUGAUAAAUCUAAUUGAUAUUAUUACUAGUGUGUAAAUAUGUGCACAUAAUUUAAAUAAAUUAAAAGACACAAGACAGAAUGUUAACAUGUCAAAGGCCCAUUUUAUGCCCAGUAGCAAACUGAUCUCUGAAUUAAAAAAAAACAGAACAACUAAAAUGCCUCGGGUGAGAACAUUAAUAAGGAGAGAAAAUGAAAAACCACCUCUCUUUGGAGGAACCUAAUGCACUUUUCAGUAAAUUGUAGAUAUGGAGAUGAUUAUGUACCACAAAAGCAAGGCACCAAUAUACUGUAUGUACUGCACAUUUUGUAGACUUCAUAUCAGAGCUGAGGUCUUUUUUUUUUUUUUUUAUACCUCUGAUGCAAUCAGGUUUAACUAUAAAUAGUGAUUUGUCUUAAUGACAUGGCAUUCAUUCUGUUAUAGAUAGGUUUGGAUAUGACAACCUCUUCAUGCAAAAUAUAUUUCAAUAUCUGAAAGAAAGUAAAAUUCACUUCUGACCUCCUUCACAUAUAUUCUGGUCUUUGAUAUCUUCAUUGAGGUACUGCGAAGUUAGGGUGAUUAAUCACCGCUGAGGCUUUGGAUGCUUUAUGGGUAGUAUUUACCUGCAGCUUGAGGCGCAACAAUUAUUUUCCUACACCUUGAAAAGAGCCAUAUAACCUUACCUGAUGCACCUGAUUCUGUACCAUGCAACAGGAAUACAUUCUGCAGCGAGUCACUUUUAAGGAAGCAAAAAUAAUCCCAUGACACUUUAUGAAAAAAGCAAACACUGACCCUGAUUUAAAUAAGAUAUCUUCCUUUCAUGUAAAAACAGGGUGGCAAAAAGCCAAAUGCAGCACAAAGUUAGAUUUCUGAACAUUGCUUUCAGUGUAUCUGUUUCUGAACCAAAACAAAGUGCUUUGCUAAAACACACAUAUUCUGACAAAACAAACUGUUUUUAAAGUAAGAAAUGACAUUCAAGAUGUGUUUCAAUACAUGGCUGUCAUCAGCUGAAAACCAACUUGCCGGUGCAUAAUUUAUUAGCAACUCCUCUUUGCUGUACCUAAGAACUUCCUCAGUACAAUGGAUAUGCAGAGUCACAGUUGACUGUGU